AUGGCCACGUCGGAUUUGCUGUAUCCAACCUUUCUGUUGCCUAUCCAUCUAACGCAUUUGUACCACGACUCCUGGUUUAUCGAUGGUCUCCCUGGAAGAGCACUUUGUAAACUUAGAGCUUUACUUGAAAGGGUGUCGAUUGAUGUCUCCAUUCUGAGCCUGAUUCUCAUAGCGGCAGAGCGAUGUAGUCGUGUGGCAUUUCCUCUUUACUCCCCAUUCUUUACCACCAAACGAAGCGUUUUAUGUAUUCUGGCCAUUUGGAUAAUCGCAAUUGCUGCUACCGUUCCCGGUUUACUGGCCUUUAAGCUUCGCUCAGACCAGGGACAACUACUCUGCGGAUGGAGCUGGAAUGAAACUAUUGGAGAGUCCUUGUCUGAGAAAAAUUACCUCCUAGUCACAUAUGUUGUAUUUAUUUAUAUCCCCACCGCUCUGCUUACGAUACUUUACUCUUUCAUUAUUUUCAAGCACUACCGAGUGGAUUUUCUCGGCCAGCAAAUGUCCAACGUUGAGGUUCUUCGCGCAAGAGUUCAACGAAACCGAAACGUUCUUUGGCUCGCCACCUUUGUCAUCGUGUUAGGG